AUUGUCAUUGUUUUGAUAAACCUCUUUAUCCUCGCCACUUUCGCAAGAAACCGUCACUUACGCAAGCGCAGUACGUACUUGGUAAUAAAUCUGACUAUGGCUGAUUUACUUUUGGGAGUAGCGGCUGUUCUUUUGACAAUACUCGAAGCAGAUAUCCUGGAGAGCCACAAUAUACUUGGAGAACAUCUCAACUGGUAUGCAUUCCUGUACUUAACUCUGGAAUCAUUAUUUCCAGCUGCUUCGUUAGCUAAUCUCUCAUUAAUUUCGUUAGAGAGGUUGCACGCAACAAUUUAUCCCUUUAGACACUGUCUAAUACGUGAACAAGUAUACUUUACGGUAAUAACAUUUAGUUGGCUUUUAGCGUUACUUUUUGCAUUUAUGAUGGCCAUUUUAGUUGUUUUACGUGCACAGUUUACAUUGUUUUUUUACAUAUUUGCGUCUCACUGUUUUAUUACCGUUCUUAUUAUCACAGUCUCUUAUGUUAUUAUUAUUCUGAAUGUCAAAAGCAGCCCUCAAUCAAAUAUUUUUGGAUCUAGGCUUUUAACAGAGAAGAAGCUAUCAAUAACCUUAUUUGUAAUGACUGUGGCCUCGUUCCUAACCAUUCUACCUUGGGCUGUUUGGGUAGCGAUAUUGAGUAACAUAUGGUUUAAGUUGAGCCCUGUGAUAGCUUAUCGCUUUCACCUUACAUUUUCUGCCUUAUAUUUAUGUAAUUCCAUAGUUAAUCUUAUAAUAUACGCCUUAAGAAUGCAAUAAUUCAGGAAAGCAGCCAGGAAACGUUGUUGUUAUAGAUAGUCAAUGCGUGUGGAGUCCAUUGAACUUCCUGCUGUAUAGGACGUAAUGAAAACAAAUUGAGAAAUAAAUUGAUUAAUCAAUAAUGAUUGGGUGGUAGCAAAAAUGCGGACAGUGACUUAGGUUAACAAACUUUGAAGAUUCAAAGAACACUUUUUAAAUUUUAGCAAUUUUUAGUUCGCCCAGCAACGGAUUGUUUUUUUUUUUGUAGUAGAGCUGGGCUGAUGACACAAAAAUAUUGUGUUUGCCCGGGAACGCACAAGUUGUAUUAUGUAGUACGUAUUAUUGGUUUGAGUGGUCAGGGAUAUACUCACACCUGUCCAAUAGUCGGAGCAAUACUCUUUAGAGUAUCAGACAAGUUUUUUAGACGGUGUGUUUAGAGUGUUUAUCACCCUAAGAAAUCACCUAUUUCAUCGCUCGACGCAUUUCCCCAUUUGUAAACCUAAAUUCUGCCUUCUGUAGCUUCAAACACCUAACAGAAAAUGUGCAAUAAUUGAACUGUAUUACAUUCAAAAACGGAAACAAAUAUACCAUUCGGUUCGCUAUAGAUGACUGCAUCUCCUUAUUUCAACUGUUAUUUAUUUAUAAUAUUUAUAAUAAUAUUAAUAUCAAGAAUAAUAUUAACAAUAAUAAUAAUAACCUAUAGUUUAAAAGAAAAUCUGAAUCCGCUACUGAUUACUGAGCCACAACUUCGGAUAUUAUUAAAUUUUACGUUAUUACAUUAUGCGUUAGAAAAGUUAUCACAUUUUGCGAUGAAAAUUUUAUUACGUACAUUUUGCGGCGUAACAAAACUUAUUUAAGAAAAGGUAUAGAAAUAUAGGUUUUAACAUUUCUUUGGUCAAGGAAUAACAUAGUAUUUUUUUUCCCGUUACGCCUCCUUUUCAUUUUAACUUUGUUAAAGUCAUUUUUAACAUUGUAAAAAGGUGAGAAGUAAAGCAAAGUAGAACGAUGUGGAUUGACUGUGGUUUGUUUUUAAAACGCCGAGGUUUUUCCUUUAAUUUUGACCAAGUUUAAUCGCUGGUUGUUGACUGAAAACGAUAUACAGUGAAUAACUAACUUAAUUAAGUUAUCAUAAAGACGUAAAUUGUGUAUGUUGUAGGGCUCAACACUAGGUUUAUCAUGUAGCCUGAUGGCUGCUCGCUUCCAAAUAUAUCGACAUAUAUUUAUUAAAUUCCGCUUAUGGCUUGAUAGGUUGUAGCGUUAAAUUUACCUAGAGAUAAUUAUACACUGUGUACCUAUUUGUUAAUAAGGUGAAAUAAAGUGGACUGAAAGCAAAUCCUGCUCUUCAAAAUAAAAACAACAAAAUAGCAAACUAUGCACCUUUUGUUGAUGUUCUUAAAAGAGACUUGCUAAGUAUCGAAGCAUCAUUGUCAUUCGAUUCCUUCAAAAUAUAUCUCCGUUUUUGAUUGGCUCAGAUCCCACGGGUUAUUCUAAAUAACCAGCUAGUGUUGAACAAAUUUGGAAGAUGUUUUCGAUAUCCGGAAUGAAACGUUUAUAGAACAAGGUAAUCACCAGAAAAAGGUGGGCAAACGAGUAGUCCUAGGGACGAGGUUUUGUUGUCUUGGUGUAGAAACAUGUAGAAAAUGGUGGAAGAGCUUUGCAAGGAAAAAAAAAAGCUAGCCUCCCACGCAGAAGUUCUUAGGGGUUCGUGACGCGUUCCUGCCCCACGAACGUCUGCUGACUUGAGCGGAAAAAAAACAUAGACCAAUCACAGCAGACUUCCAGAUCUGGGAAGUGCACUUUGGAGCUUGAGAAAUUUAACGCUUGACUUAAUGGCUCCAGAAAAGAUCAGAAAGGUCUUAUGAAAGGUGAAGACCUUACAGUUUUAGAACAAACUACUCAGUUAACUCACAAGCGUUUGCACUAUUGGCUACCCUCAGAAUCUCGUUGAAAAAAUUACCUCGGAGGUUAAAUUUGCUGAUCGGAAGUCGGCUUUACUACAAAAAAAUAACGUGUGAAAAAAAAAAAUUCUGCCUUUUGUUCAGUCUGACAGUAACCCCGCCGUUGCAUCACCCAAAGAACAACUUUAUGAGCAAAUGACAUCUAAUCCAGCCUUUACAGAGAGAAAUAUACAAAAAGCUAACGCUUAUCUCCUAUGUUCUCGUCAGCAGCAAAAAUCUUUUUGUCACGUUUCACACUCUACAGAGCUUGUACGUAUCUGUUUGGCUUGUCAACACUGACUUCAACUGCGCCGAUUUGAUCUCUGAUAAUCUGCAUGUGAUCUCCAGCCGAUAUUUGCGAACAAUGGGAGAGAAAUUUAUCUUUCAGUUCAGUAGACGUUCGUGGGGCAGGAACGCGUGACGAACCCCUAAGAACGUCUGCGUGGGAGGCUAACAAAUAGCCGAACUACUGCCUCAAAGUGUAGCAAAAACAGCAAGCAUACAACUCGAAGGACAACUGCUACUUGAAGAAUAACUGCAGAACUAAACAUUCCCCGGCCUUUUUUUUACAAACUGAAUCACUGCAUGAUAAUUCAAUUCUAAAGCUCUAAUUGACUAAGCCAUCAUGGUAAUUUUGCCAUUUCACCAUGGUCUCCAAACAUGGCAACUGUGCGCGUCUGCUAAAAAUUAAAGACAAUAUUUAUAUUUUGUGGGCGUUUUUGAUAAAACAAUUAUUCCACUCGCGCUAGUUGGAUAUGAGAUGAUUAUAGCCAAUUCGGCGCUACGCGCGUCGUUGACUUACAACCAUCUCAUAUCCAAAGUGCACUCGUGGAAUAAAAUGUUACCUGAACUUGCUCUGAAACAGGCAAAUGAAGAAUGGAACUUAACAUCGAGGUAAGCAUGUUUUAGCUUGUUUUUCAAACUAAGAAUUGUUUUAAUCAAUAAUGAAACAAUUCUUGGAUUCAGCUUUCUUAUAAUCUAAAGAAUUAUGCAGAUCUAGGAAGCUGUUAUCCGCCUCUUCAUCCUUAUCCAAUAACUGCUAAUUAUUAUUUAUUCAAAAUAUUUCUUUAUUUCUGAUUGGCUAAAAUCACACACAUAAUUCACCAUAACCAGCUACUGUUGACCAAAUUUGGAAGAAUUUUACCAUAUUGAACCGAUGACGUCAAAAGUGCAGCAAAGUUGCAGAUUUCGGCACCGUUAACCGAGAAGACCUGGGGACGAAUUUGAGUUGUUUUCGAAGUGAGUAAUAGCGAGGACAACACUUCAACAUUCUCCUCGAUCUGCAUAAUUCUUCACAUCCUACGAAAGCCGAAUUCAAUAAUUGCUAACUAUUGUCAGACGUUCGAUCAAUUUGCCCGCUAAGCGAGAAGGUUCCGAGAGUCUUUUUUUACAUUUUCGUCUUCACUUCUUUAUUAUUCUCAUUUUACCAGCCUAAAAAGGAAGAGUAAUUAUUAAGUUCAUGUUUACUAAAAGUUGCAUAAAUUUCAUCUGCUCAUCUACAUUGUAGCCUGUUUUCCAAGCAGGGAUCAAAUUUAUCGCGAAGAUGAAUGCAUACACGUAAGUUUCCUCGAAAAAUUACUCAUAAAAGAAAAGAAGAAGGCUAAAAUAAGUAAGUAUGUCCAGAGGAAACAACUAGUUUAAUCAAAAGCUGAGUGUCUGUAGUGACUUCUGUGCAUGCUUGGGGUGAUCAGUAUUUAUCUAUAACUAAGGGAUAUUUCUCAUGUGGUGGGUAUUCUGAGGAAAGGCCUGCUUCUAAUUCAAAGCUGCGGUCAUGUUAACUUAUUUAUCAUUCUCUAAAACGUGUUAUUCUUUCAGGUUAAUGACUUAGAAGAGUAUUUCCGUUCGAGGUUAGCUACUAUGAGGAUUAAUGCUGAAUUAUUUCUCCAUAAAGCGACAUUUUCGGAUGCACUUUUAUGUUGAACUUUUUUCCAUGUCCACGCUCUUCGAUAAUACGAUUAGUUAGCCUUAGAGUUAAAUAUUUCUAAGCCACAUUAAACGCUUUAAAAACAUUUCAUCAGUUUUUCAGCGAACGGAAUCAUUUAAGAGGAUUAUUUGAAAAGCACCUGUUAACUGUAGUAUGGAAAUGAAGGCUGUUUAGACAGUUUAUGUCAAAGGUAUCUAUGACAACUACAGCUUACCUACGGUAGUAUUAGAUCAUUCUAAGGAAUAGGUUCUCUUAUCUAUUAGAGAGCGUUCAUUGUGGAUAAGGGCUAUGAGGAUUUUUCAGUUUGGAAAAACAUUUUAUGGGUGGCCCCAAAUCAAACUUAUAUUUUCCGCUGAACCAAUCCCCCUCCCCCUCCCUCCGCCCGCCAAAUAAUAGACUUUCAUUGGAUACCAUCUUGCACAGCCCUCCCCACCCCCUCUCUACUAAAAAAACCUUCUACACCGGACGGGCCGAAUAGGUGAUCACUCUGAACCAACACAAAACGUUAACCUAUCCGAUAUAGGACGUUGCACUUUCGAGAUCGGCGGCCCGUAGUUUCGCUCCGUUACAGAAAUCGCGCCACCACAAUUCCCUCAACUGUUGAUUUCAGAGACGUUUUGGUGAGUAUCGGUAUUGGACAAAUAAUUUUCAAAUUGUUUUAAUGCUCGCUCUCCAGUCUACAUACAUAGGGUUUUUAAACGACGAUAAGCAGGGACGGUGCAUAAUUUAUUCAUUUACGACAAAUUUUCUUCUCAUUUUUACGUAUUUUUUUCAUUUGGUUUCGACUCAGUCUUAAUUUUUAUAAAUUAUGAUGCGUUACUUUCACCGUGGUUCCAUACCGUCCUAUCUGCAACAUAGCGGAGAAACCGGCCGGGAUAUAUUCCUUUCAUUAAUAUAGCCUCUGUGAUAACAUCUUUACUUUGGAGCAGGCUUCCUCAAAAUUAAAAUGAUAAUGGACAGAAUGUCAAGACAGCUAUAAGACAGUUGCGACGUUUGCCAAAUUAACGAGCGAAUCUCUUUUUGCUUUCAGUGUGAACGCGUAAGGAGGGCGAGAUUUCUUAACAAAUAGAAAUAUAUGGAUAAGGUUAUAAUGAAAAUUAUUACUAAUAAUACAUAGUGCAGAGAGCUGGAACUGAACGAACAGAAGUUCAAUGAAGGAUGAUUUUUAAUAAGACUUUGUUUUUAGCAAAUUGAAACCAAAUGACGGUUGCAUAAAAUUCACCUGUUCAGUUUAAUUCUCUAAAGUUGGGCUAAUUUAUUGCGAAAUAAAUGCAAAAAGUUGAGCUCUGACAACAAAGCAGUGUAUUAAAAGAAAGGAACAUGGAUAUAGUACCCUGCGAGCAGAAGUUUCUCUCUUACAUGACUUUUAGCGUUUACGAAGUCGUUCGCGUGACGAGGCGUAAACAAACCCACUACGCGACAGACAAACCACGCGAGCGACUUCGUAAACGCUAAAAGCCAUGCAAGAGAGAAACGUCUGGUCGCAUGGUAGUGAGUUAGUGGAAGGGAAGAAAAGUUAUAUAACUACUUCAGUGCGAUGAGUUCUUUACUUUUUUUUUGUUCUAUGAUAGUCAGAGAUAUAUAUCAUCAUGUGGAGCAAAUUAAAAUUUUUGUGGUAUAUGAUUUUUUGGCGGAUUUCGAGGAUUUUGUAAAGAUCCAUGACAUGUUGUUCUUGGAAUUCUGUCAAUGUACUUUUCCAGCCCCUUCCUAAUUAGCCUGCAAGCUAGCUCUCCAGGCAAAAAGGCGGUGGGGCAGAAAAUGGAAGAGAAGCUUGCAACUUACGUCCAAUUCCCCUGUCUUUCCCCGUCGACUGAGCUGUCAACUUUCCGACAAUCAGCACGAAGCGGAAACAAGCGCGAAAGUAAACAAACAAUCCAAAACACGUUCCAAGGGUAAUGACGUCAUUACUAAUGUGAUCUCCGCCAAUGAGCAUUUCGCAUCGACUUUUUCGAUGCAGAUAUUCAAAUUCCAGAGACGUAAUUGCAAGCUCUCCUUCCUUUUGCCAGAGUGCCCUGGAGAGCUUGCUCGCAGGCUACUUCUUAAGGACCCCUAGCGCACCAAUAACAACUGGUGUCGUCUCUAUUUCCAUUUUCCACCUUCUAGCUCUAAGUGUUCAUAUAAUACGACCUCCAAGCUUAUUCUUGGGCCGCACAGAUCACGACAGACGCGAGCUUCAGUUCUGGAUUCCAUCUUCCCUUGAUGUCAACACCCUCUUCUUCUAGCUGCCUCAGAAACUGAACAUGAAUUUUAUUUUCUCUCUAUGAUUUCACUUCUUCUUCUACCGCUCCCUUUUUAUAUUACUCUGGUUUUACAGGAGCGUCUAAAUCUACCAUUAUUGUGGUGUGAUCCUCUCCAGUUCUUUUUCUGGGGAUUCUCAGCCAUGUCUCAGCAGCAAUCCCGCAGGUUAGAGACAUAACAAGACAUGGGCAGUAUCAAGGGUGGUUAGACUCAACCUCCCCUACUAGGCAGCCUUUGCAUUCCCCGAGACAGUUAAAAGUGCACCAAUCAUGAUGGGUAUUACUGUCACUCUACUCCUAGGUCUUGUAGUAUCGUCAGCGUAGUCUUAUCUAAAGGUUCUUAUUAAGUUAGAACCUGCAAGCCUUGAAAAGGUUUAUGACAUGAAGUGUUUCAUUUUGUUUUUGGUUUAUAACGGAUGAACGAAUGGCAAAGGGGAUACUAGCGCCGCCGUAGCUUUGAACUCCAUUUCGACAAUUUAUAUGACAAACGGAAAAUAUGAACCAACAUCCCCUAAGAAUUGCCAUAUCACUUAAGAAUCAUUCCUAAAAUAUGGCCAAAGUACGUGUCUUUAUCCACAAAAUUGUUUUCGCACUGCGGAAUACACGAGUCAUAGCAAAAAUUUGUUUCCACGAAACGCAAACCGGUAAAGCUCGAAAUAAACUCGCGCUUAAUUUUCACGCCAGAAGGCAUUCCUCAGUUGCUUUUAAUUUUUCAGUAAAAGAGAACCCGAACUCGCACAAGUAAGACUUGUCAAAGGUAGCUUAUAUCCGUGCCACCGGUCAAACAGGAAAGCCGGAGUUCAAAAUCAGUAAUCGAAAGUAGUGAUCAAUAGACAAUUUUCAGCUUUCUAUCGUCUAUUACAAAGAAAAACGAAAACGAAAAGCUGUUAAAGACAACUGCUGAUAUUCGUAUUGAUAAAAGUGUUUGAUUUUGAUUUCUUAAUAUCACAAGCCCAUCAGGUUUUGCACCCCCUUCCCACUACCACUCACUACCCACCACCCCACCCCCCCUUCCCAUCGAACGCACUCCCCCAAUUUGCAAUUAUUACACUAGUUUAUUGUUUGCCAUAAUAUUAUUUACAAAGCAAGAAAUAUGUUCUUAAAUAUUAAAAAAUGCAAAUGUCGAGUAAGCCCAAGGUAGGCUACUGUGCUUGUAAAAAAUAGACUCCCUCAGUUAAUUAUUCUAACGCGGUAAAAAGAACAUUAUUUAUUUGUUCGCUCAAGUUACUUCAUCUUUAUUCAUGUGAACGUUAUUUGGAGUGCUCGGUAAAACGCUCGACAACGCGGUUUGUUGGAAAACCGAAACUGAAUCCUUUUAUUAAUAUUGCUUCCAAAUCAUUUUAUUGUUUUAUCUUUCUCAUAUAUGUAUUUUUUCUCUGAGCAACUACUCCUAGCCGCAUUAACAUGCUGUUUUGUUUUUAUUCUUUAAAGGUAAAAUUACUGUAGAAAAGAGGGAUACCAACGGUCGCCGUAACACUUCUUGAGGAUGCAAGAAAGCUUGAACUUUUCGAAUGAGACUUAUAGAAUUGUUUCUGAAAAAGAAGAAAGAGCCUGGUUUGCAGCUUUCGUCAUCGAGUUUAUUGUCAUCUUUUUACUGAAUGCUUUCACUCUUGCCAUCUACACAAGAAACCGUCACUUACGCAAGCACAGUACGUACCUGAUAAUAAAUCUGACUGUGGCUGAUUUACUGGUGGGAACAGUGAGCGGAUCUUCGAUGUCAUUCGAACUACAUAACCUGGAGACGGAUCUGUGUCUGGAACAAGAUUUUAGCUGGCAAUCAUUCGUGCAAUUCACAUUACAGGGGCUUUUUUUAGUUGCUUCUUUAGCUAAUAUUUCAUUGAUUUCUUUAGAGAGGUUACACGCAACACUUUUCCCCUUUAGUCAUUGUCUUGUUGGAAAAAGGGUUUACCUCACCAUCAUUUUGUGUAGUUGGCUGUUCUCCUUGAUUUUGUCAUCCGUGUUUACUCUUCUUUGUUUGCACGCUUCGCCGGCUUUUGCUUAUGUAGCUGCAUCUUACUGUUUUCUCUGCCUUCUCAUUCUCACAGUUUCAUAUGCUAUAAUCAUCUCGACUGUAAAAAACAAUCCUCCCUCCCCUAAUACUGGACCAGUUCUUUCAACAGAGAGGAAACUAACGGUGACUUUAUUUAUAGUUACUGUGGCUUCUUUUCUGGCCAUUCUUCCUUUUGUUAUUUGGAUUGUUAUCGCCCAUCACAUGAGAAGUAAAUUAUGUCCUGCAGUCUUUGUCCGCAUCACUAACUCGUUUUCAGCACUAUAUCUUUUCAAUUCUAUAGUAAAUCCCCUAAUAUAUGCAGUAAGAAUGCAAGAGUUUAGGAAGGCAGCA